AUGCCAAGAGAGCAAUCACGAUAUCGCCAGAACACCGAAUACGCAGCACCAUUACAUCCUUCCACUCCUAGGAGAGAGAAUAACUCGUUACAACGACUAAACAACCUUGUCUUUGAUCACUAUACACCGAGGUCUCGGGUGCCAGGGCCACCCAAUAGCAAUCAGCAACCACCAGCUCAUGAGUCAUUGAGGAGUCGCGUUCGACACCGUGAGGGUGCGAGGAACCAUCGUAGAACGUCUCUAUACUUUGAUAGCCACGCGGACAUUGGGCCAAGUGCACUGCAUUCCUGUGAUGCAUGUCAACAACCGAUUUCUGGACCUACCAUAGUAGCGUUAAAUCGAAAUUGGCAUCCUGCACACUUCAACUGUUUCAAAUGCAAAAACACUCUGAAUUCGGGCAAAUUCUUUGAACAUGAGCAAAAGCCAUUUUGUGAGAGGUGUUUUCAUGAGAGCUUUAGUCCAACUUGCAGUUACUGUGGGGAGAUUAUUACCAAGGUUGGUGCCAGUCUCAAGACUAAAGAAGUAUUUGGCCUACGGCCUCCGAUUAAACGACGAUUGUCUCUGUUUUAG